UUGCAUCACCAUUGGAUACAACACACCUGAAUUCAGUUAAGGCAAAACAAGAGCUCUUCUGCAAGAAAGACGACAAAACCAACCAGAGUCAAUGCUGUUCUGCAGAUGAUGUUUUCAAAAACAAAAGUUUUUCAGACAUUAACAUCCCCAUUACAUGCUGAUCAACAGAAAACUGCUACUGGCAAUUCCACAAUUGCUAUGAUGUAUGCUAUGGCCAUGAAUAAGAGAAAUAAAGAUCUGUGUGCAAUGCAGAAGAUCAACACCUGUAUUGCCCUUCGCUUCCAUGCAGGUAAUGAUCUAUUAGACAUUUUUAACAAGACAGGUAUAACCCUUUCAGCAGACAGUAAAUACACAUUUCUGGACAAAAUGGGAGAUUUGAACACAGAGGGUAUUGUUCGCAGUAUUCAGUUGGGAAUAGGAGGAAAAGUGACAGUUGAUAAUAUCGAUGGAAUGACCAUAGCAAGAGAUGUUAGACUCACUGGGGGUAAUAAGCAUUACCACUACACAGCCUCUACUUACUACCCUGAUCGUGUAGAUUUGAGGGAUCUUGAGCAAUGCAUCACUUCUUCAGUUCCAGAGGAAAUUAAUUUUGAUGUAUUUUACCUCAGUGCGGAAGAAGAAAGCAAGUUGAAGGAAAUGCAUGGUUAUAUGGUUGGCCGUACCUUAGUGAAGCAUUUCAAAUCUAUGAAAUGGAUGCAACCCUGCAUUCCUUCACAUAUCCCUCAUCCUUAUAGUCAGCAGAUGUCAAGCAAGUCACAGAUAUUUCCCCUUAAGGAGAUGACUUUGAGACAGCUAAAAUAAUACUUGGAGGGGAUCAACUUGUUAGAGUAAGGAUGAGUGGAGCUAAAGAUCUUCUUGCUGGUGCUCACACUGCAACGGAAAGAAUGGAGAUUUUUGAUCCUGUUAUAGAAGAGCUGUUUCAUGUAGAACAGGAUUUUCUUGAUAAAUUGUUCAAACGAUUCUACUCAACAAAGACUUCACGACAGGAAGGAAGUCUAGCUUUCUUCAAAUGUCAGCUGAGGAGGACCAACGUAAACGGUCAAGUAAAAGGAGGGUUCCAGGCACACAGUGAUUUCCUACACACAGUUGGUGAGGCCCUACUGAUUCAGCUAUGUAUGAAGAAAUUUUCGAUGGACAGCUUAGAGAGUGCUCCUGUUAUUCCAAAUUUAAGUCUGCCAGAAAACAUCACAAACACACACAUUAAAACAAGAGAACCUCUAUUUUGGAAGGUUGUUCAAGAAAUUGUGAAUGAAAUAUUCAUGGAAUUUCAUAACCCAGGAUGUUUACCUCCAGUGCAGUUGGAUUUUGGUGGUAGUUCUGUGAUAAUUCCCAGAGAACAACUGUGCAAAAAUGGCUAUGUUGAUGUGAAAAUGCCAUCUGGGGAAGUUUUUAGAGUAUUUAAUUCACAUGAAACCACAGAUGACAUACAGAACUACUCUUUACAAUUACUGAUGUGGUAUAUCCAUUUUUGUGAAUUUCAGGAUGGCAUACGAGAAGGAGACCCUUUCAGGACCAACAUUAACUUAAAAAGAAUGAUUCCCUUCUUUUACAGUCAUUCAGAUCGAUCCAAAUAUGCAGUUGAGUGCAUAGAUUAUAUCCUCAAAACAGAAGUUCUAUUACCACAGCACACAGCUAUGAGAGUGAGACUUGGUAGUUUUGUUAACCCACAUGGAAAGAAAGGAGGAAAUAAGCCAGCUGACAUGCAACAAGAAAAUAACAUUCUUGUUCUCAAAGAUGUUAUAAAAGGUUUAGGAGCUAACAAAACAAAAAAAGCCAUGGAACGUGCAUCUGCAGCAGCUCCUGUUGUGGCAGAAACUGUAGAAAAUUAUAUGAACAAUAUUGGGUGUGUAUCAAGGAGUGGAAAACACAAUACAAAAGACAAUUUGGAAGACGUGACACUUCUAGUCCAACUUUUAAGUCGAUUAGACCCAUUUAGUGUGAUUGAUAACCGCAAGAUGAAUUUUUACAGUGGUUUCAGGAAAAAUCCAUUCUCAGCUAUAUCUUCAGAUUUUAACUCCCAUCUUUUCAAAAUAGUUGAGCGCUUGAAAAGAUGUCAGAACAUUGACCUUGAAUACUACAACCAGUAACAAUCAUUCAUAGGUAUGGGGAUG